GAGACUAGAAAAGAGAGCCGACAUGCUUCAUUUCUCGUUUCUCCCCUCCCUCUGCCUCUCCUCCCCCGCCGCCUUCCCCAAGAAUCUCCUCGCCUCCCUCUCCCCUCUCCUCCUCGCCUCCUCCUCGAAUCUAAUCCUCACCUCUCCUCCGGCCCUCCGCCGGAGAUCCCAUUGGCCGCAGCCCGUACGCCGGAGUCAUCAGAUUUCCCGGGCUGAUAGGCGGAGAAGGCCUUUCCGUCGCCUGAAUUGCAUCGCUUUCGGCGCUGGAGAAGGGUUUACCGGCGUUGCUCCUAUGGCAUCUCCGGAAGAGGCUCGGCAUCAGGCGUCGGAACUUUCUGCGGAGGCUAGUGGAGACGGGAGCAUAGGCGAGGAAGGGGUUCCUCGGAAGCUUGAGGAGUUGAAUUGGGAUCACUCGUUUGUUAGGGAGCUACCGGGUGAUCCAAGAACUGACGCGAUUCCUCGAGAGGUCCUACAUGCUUGUUACACAAAAGUUUCUCCAUCUGCUGAAGUAGAGAAGCCGGAGCUUGUAGUGUGGUCUGAGUCAGUUGCCAAGUUGCUUGAUUUGGAUCCCAGAGAAUUUGAAAGGCCAGAUUUCCCACUAAUUUUUUCUGGAGCACUGCCUUUGGUGCGAGGGCUGCCAUAUGCACAAUGUUAUGGUGGACAUCAGUUUGGUGUAUGGGCUGGUCAGCUGGGGGAUGGUCGUGCCAUAACUUUAGGAGAGCUUCUAAAUUCCCGAGGUGAAAGAUGGGAGUUGCAGCUCAAGGGUGCUGGCAAGACUCCAUACAGUCGAUUUGCUGAUGGUCUUGCAGUCCUGCGUAGCAGCAUCCGGGAAUUCUUGUGCAGUGAAGCUAUGAAUGGACUGGGAAUUCCUACUACCCGAGCACUUUGUCUUGUCACAACCGGCAAAAGUGUCAUUAGGGACAUGUUUUAUGAUGGCAAUCCAAAAGAGGAACCAGGUGCAAUUGUUUGCCGCGUUGCACAAUCCUUCCUUCGUUUUGGCUCAUAUCAGAUCCAUGCAUCAAGGGGCAAAGAGGACCUUGACAUUGUUCGUAUUUUGGCAGACUACACAAUACGACAUCAUUUCCCUCAUCUUGAAAAUAUGAGCAAGAGUGAAGGCUUGUCAUUUGAGACUGGUCAGGGAGACUUGUCACAUAUUGAUUUGACAUCUAACAAGUAUGCAGCUUGGUCAGUUGAGGUCGCUGAGCGUACUGCUUCCUUGAUUGCAAGUUGGCAAGGGGUUGGCUUCACCCAUGGUGUGCUGAACACUGACAACAUGAGCAUCUUAGGCCUAACUAUUGAUUAUGGACCUUUUGGCUUCUUGGAUGCAUUUGAUCCCAGUUAUACUCCAAAUACCACUGACCUUCCAGGAAGAAGGUAUUGUUUUGCAAACCAACCAGACAUUGGCUUGUGGAACGUUGCACAGUUUACCACAACUUUGUCCACUGCCAAUCUGAUCAGCAAAGAAGAGGCAAACUAUGCUAUGGAGAGAUAUGGAACCAAAUUCAUGGAUGAGUAUCAAUCUAUAAUGACCAGAAAACUUGGUUUAGUGAAGUACAACAGACAGUUAAUCAGCAAGCUGCUCAGCAACAUGGCUACUGAUAAAGUUGACUACACAAAUUUCUUUCGGUUACUUUCAAAUAUCAGAGCAGACCCUAACAUUUCGAAUAACGAGCUGCUUGUUCCACUUAAGGCUGUGUUGCUAGACAUUGGUAAGGAAAGAAAGGAAGCAUGGAUCAGUUGGUUGAAGACCUAUAUUCAGGAGCUGGUCUCUAGUGGCGUUCCUGAUGAACAAAGGAAGGUUGCAAUGAACUCUGUAAAUCCGAAGUACAUUCUUCGGAAUUAUCUAUGCCAAGGUGCCAUCGAUGCUGCUGAGCAAGGUGAUUAUGAGGAGGUUCGCAGGCUGCUGAAAGUUAUGGAACAUCCAUUUGAUGAACAACAGGAAAUGGAGAAGUAUGCACGUUUGCCACCUGCAUGGGCCUAUAGGCCAGGUGUGUGCAUGCUAUCUUGCUCAUCCUGAUGAUAGCUUCUGUCUUUCCUUUUGUAAGGCAUAAUAUUAUUGUAUAUAUUCAGUUUUGCUUUGAUAACCAAGUCUGGUUGGGGCAGUCACCACUAUUUUUUCAUAACAUCUCAAUGCAGAUAUAUUGAUUUAUUCAAGUAGAUCUUGAAUAAGGUACUUAUAACAAUUACUUUGA